AUGCUGACAGUGCUGUCGGGGAGAGCAGCCGUCAUCACGGAGGCGAAGGAGGGCGAUGGCCCCAGGCACCCGCAUGAGGACCGCGAGCCCACCACCAUUAUCCAAUGGGCGAGCGAGCUGCUGGCAGCAGGGAAGGCAUGGAGUGUGGGGGAUGCGCGCAUGGCGGCACCUGAGGCCAUCGUCACACGCGUCGCCCAGCUGGCCAUCAGCUGCACUGCCAUGCCCACCGCCUCACGCCCCCCCAUGUCCCAAGUAGCCCAACACCUGGAGGCAAUGAGGGCAGAGCUGGGAGGAGGUGUUGCGAGUGCCUCGGGUGCAGAGAUAGUGGAUUCGAUGAUUGAGAGUGACAAGCUGGAGAGGACCAUGGACGAGGAUCUGGAGCUGCUCAACUCACAGUUCUCAUAG